ACCGAGUGGGCUCCCGUCACUGCGGGCAGUGCCUGAUCACGUUCCCCGACGCCGCCUUCGCCGCCCGCCACGCCAAGCGGCAGCACCCGCGGGACUUCGCGGCGGCGGCGCUGCGCGGGGCCCUCUUCGUCUGCUUCGUCUGCGCCCGCCCCUUCGGCUCCUCCCCCGCCCUGCUGCACCACCAGCGCGGCCACGCCCGCCGGGACACGCCCAGGGGACACGCCCCCCAUCACCGGGACACGCCCAAGGGACACGCCCCCCGGGGGGACACGCCCCCGCCCGGCCUGGCGUGCACCGAGUGCGGCCGCGCCUUCGCCAGGGAGGGGGCGCUGCACCGGCACUACAUCCGCCACGCCCGCGGGGAGCUCUGA